AUGUUCCGCAUUAUCGCUGUGAUCUUUGCCCUGGUUGCCAUGGCUUUCGCUGCUCCUGGUUACAUUGAGCCCUCUUACGGAGUGGUUCCUGUGGCUCAUGUGGUUCCCGUGGUGAAACACAUUCCAGUGGUGAAGCAGGUUCCGGUUGUGCAGCAUGUUCCCGUGGUCAAGCACGUUCCCGUGGUUAAGCACGUUCCAGUGGUUCAGCAUGUCCCCGUUUUGAAGUCCUACGGAGUAGAAUCCUAUGGAGUUCCCACCUACGGACACCAGAUCUACCACGGUUAA